AUGGCAAACAAGAUUCCGGUGAGAUUUAAGAGGGUGGCGGCGGCGUUUGAGGAGGAGGUGGCGCGUGCGAGAUUCUCGGAAAGUAGUGGGAGCGAGCACUCGCCGGAGGAGGAAGAGUUGAUGAAUCUCUCCGACUUGGUGGAUUCUUUUAUGGAGAGGGAAUAUGGAAAAGAAGAACCUGAAAGGAAUGUUGAAGAUGAAUUGGAGAUUUGUGAUUCCUAUUUGGAAAUGAAGGAGGAACUUGAGAAGUUAUUGGGAUAUAAUGAAGAAGAUGAUGAAAUGAAGAAAAAUAUUAGGGCAGAGGUUGAAAGGGUUUAUGGUGAUUGUUUUAAAGAAGAAGAGAAACGUGGGUUGAUGAUCAAAUUGCGUCAUAGUGGAUUUGAUGCAGGUCUAUGCAAAUCGAAAUGGGAAAAAACUGGGAAAUACCCAUCAGGAUCAUACGAAUACAUAGACAUAAAAGAAUCGAACAAUGAUCGUGAACAACGUUACAUAAUAGAAAUCAAUCUUGUGAACGAAUUCGCGAUAGCCCGUCCAACGAAAUUCUAUAGUUCGUUAUUGGAUCUAUUUCCUUCUAUAUUCGUGGGAAAGGCGGAAGAUUUGAAGAAGAUUGUUAGAUUGAUGUUUAAAGGAAUGAAGGAUUCUUUGAACAAAAUGGAUAUGUCAAUGCCACCUUGGCGAAGACAUGGCUAUCAACAAGCCAAGUGGUUCAGUGGGUUCAGACGAACCGUGAAUGAGUUUCCGAUAGAAAGUGGAUCGGAUUCGACCGUGGCAUUGAAGAGGAGAUGGGUCGGGUUUGAACCGGUGGAUUUUGUUUCGUCGGGUUGUAAUUGUAAGAAGAAUUUGAGUCGGGGCAGAGUCGGGUUGUUGGCUUUGGCUCUUAAUAGUUAGCCCUUUGAAAAUAUUAAUAAGCAUGUUAUUAUAAAAUUGU